AUGGAGAAGGACACUCCUUUGUACGAGGGAAACUCUAUCUUCCGGAACCAGCCGUCGUACAAGGUCUUCAACAAAUCCUUCGAGCACGUGGACGAUGCACUCUACACAUUUCUGAAUGAGGUGGAUCCCGAUGUGCUGCGACAGGAGCUCCAGGAAACCGCCGAAGUGUUCAAAUCCUUCGAUCGGAACACAGCCUUGAAGGAUCCCCGCAACGAUCAGGUUCCAGAGAGUGCAAUUUGCGACCUUUCCAGCGGAGAAACCGGCUACAGUUUUCCCAAUCCUUUAGAUCAGCACUCCGAGUUGAAUCUCAAGCAGCAGGCCGCCUGCAUGCGAGUGCUUCUCUCCUGGCAGCGAAGCGAACCCGUCGACGAGGAGGAUUUCGUGGUGUGGCAGGCCACAGAGAAGAAGCGCUGCAACGAGCAACAGCGGGUGCAAAAACACAUCCAUGAUUACGAGCUGGGACGCAAGGAAAUCAUCUAUGCGCCCAUGAAGAGUUUAGUUGCCAUCUACAGAAAGUGGUAUGAAUUGAGUAUAAGGAAACUGCUAAACUCACAUCUUAACGAAUCAUAUGUGACCUUCUCGGGUCUGCCACAGUUGUCCCAGUGCAAGAGCCUCAAUUCUCAGACCGUCAGCAUGGAGCAAGUGGAACUGGAGAGGAUUGUGGGGAGGGUGAGGCUCUGGCCAGAGGUGGAACUUACCCAGGAGGCCCUUUCCACCUUAAGAGUACGCUUAGAUCGCUACGCGGUUAGGGAAAUUAAGGAGUCAGCUAAGUUACUAUGUGAGGAAGAUAAAACCCUGGAAUUGGAAGCCCACAAUAUCUACGUGCUGCCUCUAGAUUCUCUUUUAAUGCUGCUAACGACUGGUUCAUAUAUUGACCUGCCCACAGAAAUGUUUCUUAGCCUAAGAGAAUCCCCAAAAAGUAGUCAUAAAUGUAUGGAAUUUAAGUCUCCAUUUCCCGCCCGAAAUUGUGGCUGGCAUACAAACAGUUUGAUCUUGAAGCAGGCUUUUGGGAGCUUUAUUUCCCAGCCUGGACAAGCCAAGUGGCUAGAUUUUGAAUCAAGUGGAGCAGUCAAGGAAGUACCUGAUAAGAUUACCUGUGAUAUGCCUUCUACCGAUCUUCAAAUGGCCUACAAACCCCAAUCAAUUGAUCAACAAUCUUCAGACAUAAUAGAUGCCACCACCAACAGCGCUUUAGUUAGUUGGAGUCUUAGAUGUAAAAGCGAAGGUGAUGACAACAAAGACUUUCAAAUCUUUACCACUUUACCCAUACCAGCGGUUAAUGAUUUUAAAAGCAGGAAACCACUUGGAUGCCACUUAAUCAAGCUAGAGAACAAACCAGACUCUGGCUGUGAGAUUAUGUCCAAAUACGAGUUGAUAAGUGCCUGGCUGCAGCUAAAACUCCUCCAGUCGGAGGUAGGUCACUGCACCCGCAUCUCGCUGCGAGACUUUAGGCCCAUGCUGGAGGAGAAACUGACGCUGAUUUCCUUGGAGCAACAGCUGCAUGACUACUACAACACGAGCAUGCCGCAAUUACUAUCCAAUUUGUACGAGUUCCUUAAGCUACUGGACACGGUGCCGUGUGGGGAAUACCUGCUGCGAUAUUCACCCAAGUACAAGGAUAAAUUCCUGCUAUGCAAUGUCAUUAAGGAGGCCACUGCCCAAAGCUUCCAGCUGCACCAACUCCUCACGGAAACCAUUCCCAGUGACCAGAUCUUCCUCACCCAAAGCAGUUACCUUCCCAUUUCGCCCACUCACUGUGGCCGCCUGCACGAGGAACUGCAGCUGCUGCCCUGCGCCUUUCCAGCUAAGGCCAAUGGUCGGUCCGUCCAACGUAAGAAGGUGGCUUUGCCCAAGCCAGAGCCCGUCAGACAAGCUCCAGCCAGGAGGCAAACAUUCAGGAAGUGGACGGAUGCCGAAACUGCUGCAUUUCGUAGACGUUGCAAGUCCGAGCAAAAGACUCGAGCAAGGGCUCGCAAAAGAGCGGCUGCUAAAGACGAAAAAGUCCAAAUGGAGAAGAUAAUGACGCUGUGA